AUGCCGGUGAUAGGAACAUCAUCCAGCCAGGCCAUGCCAGAGAGUGAAGCAUCGAUCAGUCAGGCCAAGCGAAGGAGAAAAGCGUCAUCUAGCAAGGCCAAGCCAAGGAGAAGAGCAUUGUCUAACAAGGCCACGCCAGCGAGAGGGGCACCAAGCAAGCAGACCCGAGCCCUGAAAGACGGCCAGAUCCCGACACCCACGGCUGACUGUGCUCAUCUGCUGAAUCCCAAGAGCUCAGACAACAGUGACCAGGAGUCACGGAAUAAUUUUGGAGCAAAAAAGCCAGAGGAAGCUGGUACCUCUGAUUCUCAGCUUUUGGAGGUGGACCAAAUCUGCCUGGGACAUUCCCAACCUCCCUGGGCAUCUAUGCCCUUCGACAUAGACACAGUACUGGAAGAGUAUGCCUUGCCUGGGGAUGACGACACCCAGAGUUUUGAUAAAUAUCUCUACCCGGGGUGCCUCGACUGA